CCUCACUGCAGAGCCCUCCUGCGCGCCGCCUAGAGAAGGAGGACUUGGGGUCCCAGCGCGCAGCAUGGAGUGGGGUUACCUGUUGGAAGUGACCUCGCUCCUAGCCGCCUUGGCGGUGCUACAGCGCUCUAGCGGCGCUGCCGCGGCUUCGGCCAAGGAGCUGGCGUGCCAAGAGAUCACGGUGCCGUUGUGCAAAGGCAUCGGUUACAACUACACUUACAUGCCCAACCAGUUCAACCACGACACGCAAGAUGAGGCGGGCCUAGAGGUGCACCAGUUUUGGCCGCUGGUGGAGAUACAGUGCUCCCCGGACCUCAAGUUCUUUCUGUGUAGCAUGUACACGCCCAUCUGCCUGGAGGACUACAAGAAGCCUCUGCCGCCUUGUCGCUCUGUGUGUGAACGCGCCAAGGCCGGCUGCGCGCCGCUCAUGCGCCAGUACGGCUUUGCUUGGCCUGACCGCAUGCGCUGCGAUCGGUUGCCGGAGCAGGGCAACCCGGACACUCUGUGCAUGGACUACAACCGCACCGACCUCACCACGGCCGCGCCCAGCCCACCGCGCCGCCUGCCUCCGCCGCCUCCUCCCGGCGAGCAGCCGCCCUCUGGCAGCGGCCACAGCCGCCCGCCAGGGGCCAGGCCCCCACAUCGUGGCGGCAGCAGUAGGGGCAGCGGGGACGCGGCGGCUGCGCCCCCUUCGCGCGGCGGGAAGGCGAGGCCCCCUGGUGGCGGCGCUGCUCCCUGCGAGCCGGGGUGCCAGUGCCGCGCGCCCAUGGUGAGCGUGUCCAGCGAACGCCACCCGCUCUACAACCGCGUCAAGACCGGCCAGAUCGCCAACUGUGCGCUGCCCUGCCACAACCCCUUCUUUAGCCAGGAUGAGCGCGCCUUCACCGUCUUCUGGAUCGGCCUGUGGUCGGUGCUCUGCUUCGUCUCCACCUUCGCCACUGUCUCUACCUUCCUCAUCGAUAUGGAGCGCUUUAAGUACCCGGAACGGCCCAUCAUAUUCCUCUCCGCCUGUUACCUCUUCGUGUCUGUCGGGUACCUGGUGCGCCUGGUGGCAGGACAUGAGAAAGUGGCCUGCAGCGGCGGCGCUCCGGGUGCUGGCGGAGCUGGGGGUGCGGGCGGCGCGGCGGCGGCUGGCGCAGGGGCAGCGGGAGCGGGGGCGAGCAGCCCGGGCGCGCGCGGCGAGUACGAGGAGCUGGGUGCAGUCGAGCAGCAUGUUCGCUAUGAAACCACUGGCCCCGCGCUGUGCACGGUGGUCUUUCUCCUUGUCUACUUUUUUGGCAUGGCCAGCUCCAUCUGGUGGGUAAUCCUGUCGCUCACGUGGUUCUUGGCAGCUGGCAUGAAGUGGGGUAAUGAGGCCAUAGCAGGCUACUCGCAGUACUUCCACCUGGCCGCGUGGCUUGUGCCCAGCGUCAAGUCCAUCGCGGUGCUGGCGCUCAGCUCCGUAGACGGCGACCCGGUGGCGGGCAUCUGCUACGUGGGCAACCAGAGCCUUGACAACCUACGCGGCUUUGUGCUGGCGCCACUGGUUAUCUACCUCUUCAUUGGGACUAUGUUUCUGUUAGCUGGCUUCGUGUCGCUGUUCCGAAUCCGUUCAGUCAUCAAGCAGCAAGGAGGCCCAACUAAGACACACAAGCUAGAAAAACUCAUGAUCCGCUUGGGCCUCUUCACCGUGCUCUACACGGUGCCCGCUGCCGUCGUUGUCGCCUGCCUUUUCUAUGAGCAGCACAACCGACCGCGCUGGGAGGCCACGCACAACUGCCCAUGCCUUCGGGACCUGCAACCGGACCAGGCUCGCAGGCCCGAUUACGCGGUCUUCAUGCUCAAGUACUUCAUGUGCCUAGUAGUGGGCAUCACAUCGGGCGUGUGGGUCUGGUCCGGCAAGACUCUGGAGUCCUGGCGCGCGUUGUGCACUAGGUGCUGCUGGGCCAGCAAGGGCGCUGCAGUAGGCGCGGGCGCUGGAGGCAGCGGCCCUGGGGGCAGUGGACCCGGGCCCGGCGGAGGUGGGGGACACGGCGGAGGCGGGGGAUCCCUCUACAGCGACGUCAGUACCGGCCUGACGUGGCGGUCUGGCACGGCCAGCUCUGUAUCUUACCCUAAGCAAAUGCCAUUGUCCCAGGUCUGAACCCUACGUGGAUGCCCAGAAGGGGCGGAGAGGAGUGGGGGGAUGGAGAACCCGUGGGCGGCGAAGGGACCCCAGACCGGCCAGGGUUCCCACCCCUUCCCAGUGUUGACUGCUAUUAGCAUGAUAAUGAACUCUUAAUGGUAUCCAUUAGCAGCGGGGACUUAAAUGACUCCCUUAGAACAAAGUACCUGGCAUUGAAGCCUCCCAGACUUAGCCCCUCCUCUCUGAUGCCCCAGCACUUACCCCAGACAAUGGUUUCAGUGGGUUAGGAUAGUUGGAACCCUCCUGGAUACCCUGGAUGAGUCUUGAGGGUACACUACACUACACCGCAGACUUCAUCCAAGGUCCUGCUUCACCCUCGACUUCAUCUGCAUCAAUUCAUGCCCUCAUACACCCUAGAGGAGGGACAACUGCUACCUUGUGGGACUGCACAGUUUGGGUAUUCUUAAUGACCAGGCAGAUGCCUUAAAUAAACAAGAAAUGUCUUAAUUAUACACCCCAAGUAAAUACGGGUUUCUUACAUUAAAGGAUGUAUUUAUAUAAUUAUUUGUUAGGUUGUAAAAAAAAAGUGUAAAAUAUGUAUAUAUCCAAAGAUAUACAAUGUGUACAUUACUUGUAAAAAGUUUAGAGGCUACCCUGUAAGAACAAAUAUAAGUAUUCUAUUUUGUCAAUAAAAAGACUUUUGAUAAAUGAUUUAAGUACCACCCUGUCCCCCACCUCUCCUGAACUGUUCCCCUUAUGCUUGCUGAGGACAUGUGAGGAAAUGGAAAUUUUCUGGCUUGCCAUUUUGUACUGACAGUAGACCUGUUAACCUCUAAUUCUUAAACUGUUAGCAAAGUAAAUGUCAUUGUUGAAAUGAAAUCAAAAUCGCGUUUUUGCACUUUCCCCAAAAAUGAUGUUUUUCAUGGUCUCUCCUUGCUGACCUAUGGGUUACAGCUCUUCAUGGUGUGUGUGGAUGGACAGUUUGCUAAGGUGGCCAUUCUACUUGGCCUGUUUAUUUGGCUGAUAGAAUGCUAAUGCCACUUAAAUUGCAGCCCUAUGUGAAUGAGUAUCUUCAGUCUGUGAUUUUGAAAGCACUGGCCUUUUACAGAGCUGGCUGCACUCAGAAAUGUGGAGGUUAGUAUUUAAGGCCACAGGUCACCUCUAUACUGUAAGUCACUUGACAAUCUGGUGUAGCAGAGCAGGUGCUGGCUAACAGAUUAAACGAAUGGGUUAACUUCUUAA